AUGGAGUUGCGACAUCUCGCGGGGCAAGUGGGUAGCAGACAGCAAGUUACCGCUCUACACAGGCAACUCGUGUCCAUACAUCCGCACAUCGCAGAACUGCCUCAAGCAGGGCCGCCCGGACAUGUCGUUCCAAAAGUUCCGCUGGCAGGUGCGUCCGUCGACCAGCGAGUGUAUCGAUCUUGGGGAUGCUCUGUGAAGCGCGUGUCGCCGCAGAGUUUGGCGGAGUUGUUUCGCGGCAAGCUGGUGCUGGUGUUCGGCGACUCGCUCUCCAAGAACUUCGCCGCGUCGCUGCAGUGCAUGCUGCACGCCGCCGACUCUACCGCCGCUAGAUCGUACCGCCUGGCGCAGAAGAAAACCGCCGAAUGGGGCGUCGAGGUACCCCGGCAUCCGUCCGCCAUCUCACUCUCUAUGUGGUGCGGCGUGCUGCCCGGCGUGAGUGCGCAGUUCCCGACGUACAAGAUCCGGUUCGUUUCCGUGUUCUCCAAUUGGCUCAACAACGCCACCAGCCUGUCCGACAAGAACGGCAUCGAGCAGCACCGCAUCGACCUGGACGGCCUGGAUCAGCGCAUCAAGGACUUGCUGCCCAUCGCUGACAUCGUCAUCUUCCAGCCGUGCCUCGCAUCCGCUCCUUUCCUCGCAUCUUCGCCCUGCUUCGCAUCCGCUCCUUUCCUCGCACGUUCGCCCUGCCUCACAUCCGCUCCUUUCCUCGCAUCUUCGCCCUGCCUCGCAUCCGCUCCUUUCCUCGCAUCUUCGACCUGCCUCGCAUCCGCGCCUUUCGUCGCAUCUUCGCCCUGCCUCGCAUCCGCGCCUUUCCUCGCAUCCGCGCCUGCCGUCGCGUCAUCCCGCAAGCUCCGCUUGGCAAAGAUCAGCGCGACGGCGUGGUGGAUGCCGCCCAUCAACCGGUGGUACGUGGGCGGCAAGGAGGCGACGAUGAAGGCGACGGCGGCAUACGAGCGCGGACUGACGACGCUGCGGGACUACGUGGCGGGCAGCGGCGGCGGGUUCAAGGGGCGCGCCGUGGUGAUGGGCGUGUCGCCGUCGCACUACGACUUGCCCGUGGCGGGCGUCAAGAAGGGGUCGUGCAAAGUCAACUCCAUGCUCACCAGCGCGCAGGUACGUGGACGCAGGCUGGAAGGGAAGCGCAAGUGGGAGCGGGGAGAGCAGAUGGUAGGGGGAAGCGCGGGUGGGAAAGGGAAGCGCGGGUGGGAGGGGAAGUACGGGUGGGAAGGGGAAGUACGGGUGGGAGGGGGAAGCGCGGGUGGGAGGGGGAAGCAUGGGUGGGAGGGGGAAGCGCGGGCUGGAGAGGGAAGCGCGGGCGGGAGGGAGAAGCGCAGUGGGAGGGGAGAGAGCGAGGGAGGGUUGGAGCACCUGUGGGAGAGAAGACCAAAAAAGAGGGAAGAGGAGAGUGGAGACAGCUCCUCUAGUGAUCUGCGGGCCGUCCAGCAGCGUGUUCUCGGGGGGUCGUCGGUGGUGUACGUGGAUGUGAAGCCCAUGAGCGACUGGCGGCCCGAUGGACACAUCCAAAACUGGAGCGUCAAAGCCGCAGGUGCCAGAUCGACUACCAAGGCAAUGGCUGGCAGCUACCCGCCGAUUCUUCGAAUGCGCUGCGUGGCGCAGACGUAUGAUUGGGGCAUCAAGGGCAGUGGGAGCACGGUGGGUCGUCUUUACGCGCUGGGCACGAGCGGCAGCGCGGAGGCGGCUAAGGACGACGUGCCGUACGCCGAGCUCUGGAUGGGCACGCACCCAAGCGGGCCGUCGCUUGUGCUGCCGUCCGCGCAAUCGGAUGAGGUCGACGCCUCGUGCCCCGCUCUCGUCAAGGCCGACGCCGCAGCGGGCGAGCCGCAGCUGUUGCAGGAGUGGCUCGACGCGCACCCCGAGGCUCUGGGCGCCACGGUGCAGCACAAGUGGCCCGGCCAGCUUCCAUUCCUCUUCAAGGUACUGAGCGUGGCGAAGGCACUGUCGAUCCAGGCGCACCCAGACAAGCGGCUGGCGGAGCGGCUGCACGCGACGCAGCCGAAGAACUACAAGGACGCCAACCACAAGCCCGAGAUGGCGCUCGCCGUCACCAACUUCGAGGCGCUCUGCGGCUUCGUCACCUCGCGGGAACUCCGCGAAAGCAUUCAGUCGGUGCCGGAACUGCGCAUGGCCAUCGGCGAACACACGGCGGACAGCGUGCUGAGAGCCAGCAAGAAUGGAGUCAACGGCGUCAACGGCGUCAACGGCGCUCAUGAAGCGCAGGAGUGUGCGGAGCGAAGGGCGUUCAAGGACGCGUUCAGAGCGCUGAUGACGCAAGACGGCGCCGUGAUUGAGAAGCACCUCUCGAGCCUCGUGGCGCGGCUGCAGGCCGAAUCCAAGGAGCGCGAGCUGUCGGACAAGGAGCAGCUGGUGCAGCGGCUGGAGCAGCAGUACCCGGGCGACGUGGGCGUGCUGUCCGCCUUCUUCCUCAACCACGUCACGCUGCUGCCCGGCCAGGCCAUCUGCCUCGCCGCCAACGAGCCGCACGCGUACCUGGCGGGCGAGUGCAUCGAGUGCAUGGCGGCGUCUGACAACGUGGUGCGCGCGGGCCUCACUCCCAAGUACCGCGACACGGACACGCUCACCUCCAUGCUCACCUACCACCAGGGCCGCCCCCACCUGCUCAACGGCGACCGCGUCACCCCUCACGUCACACUCUACACGCCGCCCUUUGAGGAGUUCGAGGUCGAAAAGAUCUCUGUGCCCCUCGGGCAGACGGCAGCCCUGCCAGAGAUAUCUGGGCCGUCCAUUCUGCUGGUGUUCCGCGGAUCUGGAGCCAUCUCGGUGGCCCCGGCCAACGGGCUGACCAAGGUGCAUGGGUGCGCGGCAGCGGUGGCGGCGGCGCCGUCAUACGUGCAGGGCGUGCACGUGGGGGACAUCUUCUUUGUGCCCGCGGGCAGCAACAAGCUGCUGGCGUCCGCUGUGGUGGAGACGGACGGGGCACAGAAUGAGGAGGUGCUGGAGAUGUACCGUGCCCGCGUGAAUGCACACGUGUGCUGA